AUGGGGGACGGCGCCGGGGGGGACAUGAACUCCAACCUGCCCUGCGCUCCCUACCUUACCGGAGACCCGCAGCUGGACACCGCCGUGGGCCAGUGGCUCCGCUGGGACAAGAAUCCCAAGACAAAAGAACAAAUUGAAAAUCUCUUACGAAAUGGAAUGAAUAAGGAGCUAAGAGAUCGUCUUUGCUGCAGGAUGACUUUUGGCACUGCUGGGCUUCGUUCUGCCAUGGGAGCAGGAUUUUGCUAUAUUAAUGACCUUACGGUGAUCCAGUCAACACAGGGGAUGUACAAAUACCUUGAAAGAUGUUUUUCAGACUUAAAGCAGAGAGGCUUUGUUGUCGGCUAUGACACCAGGGGUCAGGUGACCAGCAGCUGCAGCAGCCAAAGGCUUGCAAAACUAACUGCUGCAGUUUUGCUGUCCAAAGGAGUACCUGUGUAUUUGUUUUCAAGAUAUGUUCCUACACCUUUUGUGCCCUAUGCUGUUCAGGAACUGAAAGCAGUUGCAGGUGUGAUGAUUACUGCCUCCCAUAAUCGUAAGGAAGACAAUGGAUAUAAGGUGUACUGGGAAACAGGUGCUCAGAUUACAUCUCCUCAUGAUAAAGAGAUCCUAAAAUGUAUAGAAGAAAGUGUUGAGCCCUGGAUUGAUUCCUGGAAUGAAAAUCUAGUGGACACCAGCCCCCUGAAGCGAGAUCCUCUGCAGGAUAUUUGUGCACGUUACAAGGAAGAUCUGAAAAAGAUCUGUUUUCACAGAGAGCUGAACUUAAAGACAAGCUUGAAAUUUGUCCAUACAGCAUUUCAUGGAGUUGGUCAUGAUUAUGUACAAUUGGCUUUUAAAGUGUUUGGAUUUAAGCCUCCAAUUCCAGUACCAGAACAACAGGAUCCGGAUCCAGACUUUUCUACUGUUAAAUGUCCAAAUCCUGAAGAAGGAGAAUCUGUGCUGGAGCUGUCGCUGAGAUUGGCUGAGAAGGAAAAUGCCAGAGUAGUGGUAGCCACAGAUCCUGAUGCAGACAGACUGGCAGUGGCUGAACUGCAGGGGGAUGGCCGUUGGAAAGUUUUCACAGGCAAUGAGUUAGCAGCGUUGUUUGGGUGGUGGAUGUUUGAUUGCUGGAAGGAAAAUAAGUCACAGAAUGCUGAUGUGAAGAACAUUUACAUGUUAGCCACUACAGUCUCCUCCAAAAUUUUGAAGGCAAUUGCACAUAAAGAAGGAUUUCAGUUUGAAGAAACAUUACCAGGUUUUAAAUGGAUUGGAAGUAGAAUAAAAGAACUCAUAGAAAAUGGGAAAGAAGUCCUUUUUGCAUUUGAAGAGUCCAUUGGAUUUCUGUGUGGGACUUUUGUUUUGGAUAAAGAUGGAGUGAGUGCAGCUGCUGUUGUUGCUGAAAUGGCAACUUACCUGGAAACCAAAAACCUAACAUUGGCACAACAGCUUAUUAAAGUUUAUGAAAGAUAUGGAUAUCAUAUUUCAAAGACAUCUUAUUUCUUAUGUUAUGACCCACCUACUAUCAAACGUAUAUUUGAAAAGCUUCGCAAUUUUCAUUCUCCAAAAGAAUAUCCAAAAUUUUGUGGGGCUUUUGACAUAUUGCACAUACGAGAUAUUACUACUGGAUAUGACAGCAGCCAACUUAAUCAGAAAUCGGUCCUGCCUGUGAGUAAAAACAGCCAAAUGAUUACAUUUACCUUUCAAAAUGGUUGUGUGGCCACACUACGGACAAGCGGAACCGAACCAAAGAUAAAGUAUUAUGCUGAGAUGUGUGCAUCCCCCGAGCAGAGUGAUAUCACCUUACUGGAAGAAGAAUUGAAGAAACUCAUUGAAGCUCUAAUUGAGAAUUUUCUGGAGCCUAGUAAGAAUGGACUGAUCUGGCGAUCUACUUAGACAUCUUCCAAGCUAUUGCUCUACAAAUGACUCUUUGCACUGUCAUGUGGAACAAAAGAUUCAAGACCUACAUUUAACCUUGUUCUUGUGUACAUUUGUCUAUUUUGGAACUCACUCCUUUAAGACCUAAAAUGAAGCAGGAUCUUUCUUGUCAGCUAAUUUAACCAAAUUGCAUAAGUUGGAAAGAGACUUAGAUUUGGAUGCAAGUGAAAUAAUUGAGAUUUUCACUUUUGUUGUUGUUGUUUUAUUUUUUUACCAAAAGUCAUAUACACUGAACAUUAUAAAACAUAUUCUCUCCAG